AUGCUCAGUGGAGCAUUGGCUAUCAACCUUGCCAUUCAGCCCAUGCCUAGAGAUUUGUCCUCUCCAUCUCAACAGCGUGUGGCUUUCCUCGGUGAUACUGGGGUCACUGUCUCUUGGAAUACUUACCAGCAAUUGAGUAACCCUACGGUUAAAUAUGGAUUAUCUCCAAGUGACUUGACCGAGACCGCUGACUCUUCGAGCUCAACUACUUACUUGACUUCUACCACAUGGAACAAUCAUGUGCAAAUUACUGGUCUCGAAUCUGGAACCACUUACUACUACCAGGUGGAAAACGAUAGUGAAGUAUACUCGUUCUCCACUGCUAAAGCUCCGGGAACCAAUGAAGAAUUCUCGUUCGCUGUGGUUGUUGACUUAGGUACCAUGGGUGACUUGGGAUUGAGUGACCAUGGACCGGAGGAUGGUCUCUUGGCCGUUGGUGAACAAAAUACAAUGCAAUCAUUGCAAGAUUUGCUUGAUGAAUAUGAAUUUGUUUUACACCCAGGUGAUAUCGCAUAUGCCGACUACUGGUUAAAGGAAGAGUAUCAAGGCUACUUGGGUAACAUUACUCUUUCUACCGGUUAUCAAGUUUAUGAACAAAUCUUGAAUGCGUUUUAUGAUGGUAUGAGACCAGUUACAGCAAACAAGCCUUACAUGGUCGGACCUGGUAACCAUGAAGCUGAUUGUGAUAAUGGUGGGUACAAAUCGUAUACCAAUAGUAUUUGCCCUCCUGGUCAAACUAACUUCACCGGUUUCAAGAACCAUUGGAACAUGCCUGGUGAUUUGUCAGGUGGUGCAGGAAACAUGUGGUAUUCUUUUGAUUAUGGUUUGGUCCAUUAUGUUCUGUAUGAUACUGAGACUGACUUCCCAAACGGUGUUUUAGGACCUGAGUCUGUUGCUCCUAACGGUAACGUUGGGUCUUAUGAAAAUGAACAAUUAGAUUGGUUGAUCAAUGAUUUGAAAAACGUAGAUAGAACAAAGACCCCUUGGGUCAUUGCUCAGGGCCAUAGACCUUGGUAUGUUGCAGGUGAAGCCUGUACCACAUGUCAAACUGCUUUCGAAUCUACCUUGAACGACUACGGUGUGGACAUUGUGCUUGCAGGGCAUGUUCACAACUAUGAAAGAAUUGGGCCAAUUGGGACCGGAGGUGUUAUUGAUCCCAAUGGAUUAAACAACCCAUCUUCUCCAUUGUAUAUUUUGAAUGGUAUUGCUGGUCAUUAUGAUGGUAUUGAUGACUUGGUGACUCCAUUACCAGAUUAUGUUAAUUUCGCUCAGGAUACAGCUUAUGGGUGGUCUAAGUUCACGGUUCACAAUUGUACCCACAUCACCCACGAAUUUAUUGCUUCCAAUAACAACACAGUUUUGGAUAGGGCCACUUUGUACAAGGCAAAUUCCUGUCCUGCUGAAAACAAUACUACUAGUUCUUCAUCUAUCGUCUCACUGUCGACAAGUGCUUCUUCUUCAUCCAGUGCUUCAGGAUCGGCAUCGCUUUCAUCGGGUUAUAAUUCUACUUCUGCAGCACCACAAACUUCCUCAGUGGCAAGCGAAUUGAGCUCUGCAGUCGCUGAAACUUCAACUAUUACAGCAGCACACACUACAGUCGUUACGAUCACCUCUUGCUCAGACAACAAAUGCAGUGAAGUACUUUUCACAUCCACCUUCCCAACUUCUGCAGAUGAUUAUACUGAAACUGAAACUAAUUCUCACACUACCGUUAUCACCAUUACAUCCUGUGAGGACAACAAGUGCACUGAGAUUCUUUCUACCUCAACUUUGGCUGGUCAAUCUGAGAGCACUGAGGUUUCCUCUACUUCAACCUUAGCUGGUGAAUCUGAGGGUACUGAUACCGUGACAGAAAAUGUUGUGUCUACAUCAGAAGCUGAAGUGAUAUCAUCAUCAGAAACACCAGUUACACCGCUCUCUAGUUCUAUUCUCUCUGAUAGUUCUAGUUCGGCUGCUGCCACUACCCAUGCAGUUACUACGGCUGUUAACUCAGGUAGCAGGCUUUCCGCCCGAAAUGUUGUGGUUGCAGCUUUUGCUCUCUUUGCUAUUUAG